GAAGGAAGGAAGACAAGGCACAAAGGGAGAACUUUGCUGACUUUUUUGUUCCUCGAGGCAGAACUGGAGCCAGCUUUGUGAAGCAUCCUCCUUCCUUGGAGAUCUGGACCAAGAGAGGGAUGAACUGAAAACAUAUCAAAAGGGCAAGGAGGAAUAACAGGAGUACAGAGACCUGAAUCACAGCAGUUUACACAAGCAAACUCUUCCUAUUCUUGUUUUGGACUGCGACCACAAAACAACAGUGAAGCUGUAAGAUCCCUACGGAUCUGCAACUCAACAUGGGCCUCCCAACUUGGGCUUUGGCUUUGGUGGCCGUGUCUUUGUUCCAUCAACAUGUUAGCGGUGGACUCAUCAAGAGGAUCAUCCGGCAGAAACGGGAAACCGGAGUCAACGUCACAUUGCCAGAGGACAACCAGCCAGUGGUCUUCAACCACGUCUACAACAUUAACGUCCCCAUGGGUUCUCUCUGCUCUGUGGACUUGGACCCAGCAAGCGGCGACUCAGAACUUAAGACUCAGACUGAGCCGAGCAAACACUAUCAGGAGCAUACGUUGAAUGAGGAAAACCAGAUCGUCUUCACACACAGGAUAAACAUCCCUCGGCGGGCGUGUGGUUGUGCAGCAGCUCCCGAUAUCAAGGAUCUCUUAAGCAGGCUUGAAGAACUGGAAGGACUGGUAUCUUCUCUGCGGGACCAGUGUGGCAGCGGGGCUGGAUGCUGCCCACAGACAGCUGAGGGUCUCAUUGAUGCCAAACCCUACUGCAGCGGUCGGGGAAACUACAGCAAUGAUAUCUGUGGUUGCAUCUGUGAACCAGGUUGGAAAGGACCCAACUGCUCUGAAGCAGAAUGCCCCAGGAAUUGCAACAACAGGGGGCGUUGUGUCAACGGCAAGUGCAUUUGUGAUGAAGGCUACACCAGGGAUGACUGUGGGGAGAGGACAUGUCCGGGGGAUUGCAAUGACCAAGGGAAAUGUGUUGAUGGACAGUGUGUGUGCUUUGACGGCUACGCCGGCGAAGACUGUAGCCUGGAGAUCUGUCUGGUGCCCUGCAGCGAGCAUGGAAAAUGUGUGAAUGGACAGUGUAUCUGCGACGAAGGCUUCAGUGGGGCAGACUGCAGCCAUCCACUGUGCCUCAACAAUUGCAAUAACCGAGGACGCUGUGUGGAAGAGGAGUGUGUGUGCGACGAAGGCUAUACUGGCGAGGACUGCAGUGAACUCAUUUGCCCCAAUGACUGUUAUGACCGGGGACGGUGCAUCAAUGGGACUUGCUAUUGCGAAAUGGGAUUCACUGGAGAAGACUGUGGGGACAUUGCCUGUCCCAACAACUGCCAUGGCAAUGGCCGCUGCGACAACGGGGUGUGUGUCUGCUAUGAAGGCUUCACUGGGGAUGACUGUAGUGAUCGGCGGUGCCCCAAGGAUUGCAACAAGCGUGGCCGUUGUGUUAAUGGGCAAUGCGUCUGCAGCGAAGGGUUCUUGGGCCCCGAUUGUAGCCAAGUGAGGUGCCCCAAGGACUGCAACAACCAGGGACGUUGUGUCAAUGGCCAAUGUGUGUGCGAUGAAAGCUUCAUGGGGGAGGACUGCAGCGAACUAAGGUGCCGGAAUGACUGUAACCACCGGGGUCGCUGUAUCAAUGGGCACUGCGAGUGCGAUGAGGGCUUCAUGGGGGAUGAUUGCGGUGAGCUGAAGUGCCCCAAUGACUGCCACAACCGAGGGCGAUGCAUCAAUGGGCAAUGUGUGUGUGAUGAGGGUUUUAUUGGAGAGGACUGUGGGGAGCGGCGAUGUCCCAAUGACUGCCACAACCGGGGACGCUGCGUGGAUGGCAGAUGCAUAUGUGACGAAGCCUUCAUUGGCAUUGACUGUGGUGAACUAAGGUGCCCUAAUGACUGCAACAACCAUGGACGUUGUAUCAAUGGCCAGUGUGUGUGUGAUGAGGGUUACACAGGUGAAGACUGUGCAGAACGGACCUGUCCCAAUGACUGCAACCGGCGUGGCUUGUGCAUUGAUGGCGUGUGCAUGUGCAACCAAGGCUUCUUGGGUGUUGACUGUGGAGAACUGGCAUGUGUCAACAACUGCAAUGACCGAGGCCGUUGUGUGAAUGGGCAAUGUGUGUGCGAUGAAGGCUUCACCGGGGUGGAUUGUAGCCAACGGCAGUGUCCCCGAGACUGCAACAACCGUGGGCAGUGUGUCAAUGGGGUAUGUGUGUGCGAUGAGGGAUACCAAGGGAUUGACUGCAGUGAACGGUCUUGCCCCAACAACUGCAAUGAUCUGGGUCGAUGCAUCAAUGGACGCUGUGUCUGCGAUGAAGGCUACAUAGGGGAUGAUUGCUCUGAUGUAUCUCCUCCAAAGGAUCUGAAAGUUAUCGAUGUGACAGAUAAGACCGUCAACUUGGAAUGGAAGAAUGAAAAUGUUGUUACCGAAUACCUCAUCACAUACAUCCCUACCGGCAUCGGUGGCUUAGAGAUGCAGUUUCAGGUACCUGGAAAUACAACAUCGACCACUAUCAGGGAGCUGGAACCUGGUGUGGAAUACUUCAUCCGUGUCUUUGCCAUCCUGAAGAAUAAGAAGAGCAUCCCAAUCAGCGCCCGGGUUGCCACUUAUUUGCCUGCUCCUGAUGGCUUGAAGUUCAAAUCUGUCAAGGAGACAUCAGUAGAAGUGGAGUGGGACCCCUUGGACAUCCCAUUCAGCGGGUGGGAGAUUGUCUUCAACAGCUUGAAAGAAGAAGACAACGGAGGAAUAAGAAGCAGCUUAGAAAGGCCACGGACAUCCUACUUGCAACCAGGCUUGGCUCCAGGACAACAAUAUAAUGUGUCACUUUACGUGGUGAAGAAUCAAACCAGAGGACCUGGUCUCUCCAGAGUAGUGACAACAAGGCUGGAUGCUCCCAGCCAGAUCGAAGCAAAGGAUGUGACCGACACCACCGCCUUGAUCACUUGGUUUAAACCCUUGGCUGAGAUUGAUGGUGUGGAGUUGACUUUUGGGCCCAAGAAUGCUCCAGGGGACCGAACAUCGAUUGACCUCUCCGAUGACGAAAGCCAGUACUCCAUUGGUAAUCUGAAGCCACACACAGAAUAUGAAGUGACGCUAGUGUCCCGACGAGGGGACAUGGAGAGCGAUCCUGUGACAGAAACCUUUGUCACAGAUCUGGAUGCUCCAAGAAAUCUGAAACGCCUCUCUCAGACCGACAGCACCAUCACCCUUGAAUGGAAGAACAGCCAAGCAAUGCCCGAAAUAUACAGGAUCAAAUAUGCCCCCAUUUCUGGGGGAGAUCAUCUUGAGGUCACUGUGCCCAGAAGCGACCAAGCCACCACCAAAGCCACACUUACAGGUUUGAGGCCCGGAACAGAAUAUGGCAUUGGGGUGACAGCUGUGAAAGAGGACAAGGAAAGUGGUCCAGCCACCAUUAAUGCUGGAACUGAUCUAGACAGCCCCAAGGAUUUGGAGGUCACCGACCCUACCGAAACUACCCUCACCUUGCGUUGGAAGCGGCCCUUGGCCAAAAUUGACCGCUAUCGUCUUAGUUACCUGACUCCUUCUGGGAGGAGGAACGAAAUAGAGAUCCCUGCCGAUAGCACAUCUCACAUCCUAAGGUCCCUGGAUGCUGGGAUAGAGUACACCAUCAACCUUGUGGCCGAGAAAGGAAGGCACAAGAGCAAACCUUCAACAGUGACCGGUACUACUGAGGAGGAACCUGAGCUGGGGAAUUUAUCAGUCUCCAAAGUUCACUGGGAUGGAUUCCAGCUCACCUGGACCGCUGCGGAUGGGGCCUAUGAGACCUUUGUUAUUCAGGUGCGGGAGUCUAACCUGCCAGAAGAUGCAAGGAAUCUCACCGUUCCAGGUGGCUUACGGUCUGUGGAUCUCAGUGGCCUCCUGCCAAACACUCUCUACACCAUCAGCCUUUAUGGUGUCACUCAGGGCUACAGAACCAAACCCCUCUUGGUUGAGUCUACCACAGCCAAAAAACCAGACGUCGGUGAUCUAACCAUUUCGGACAUUACCCCUGAGAGCUUCAACCUUUCCUGGACGACCACCAAUGGAGACUUCGAGAUGUUUACAAUUGAGAUUAUUGAUUCUAACAGGUUGCUGGAACCCAAGGUGUUCAAUGUCUCUGGACAUUUAAGGACUACACAUAUCUCAGGGCUGUCCCCCAAAACCGAUUUCAUUAUCUACCUCUAUGGAAUGACUCGUGGUUUCCGAUCUCAGACACUAAAUGCUGCAGCAACUACAGUAGCUGAACCACUGCUUAGCGAGCUGACAGUUUCAAAUGUCACCUCUGAUGGACUCUUCCUCACUUGGAAAGCACAGGACUUUGCCUUUGACCAUUUUCUCUUAGAGGUUAGAAACGUCAAGAACCAGUCUCUGGACUCCCAGAUGCACACAGUGCCAGGGGACAUCCGGAACAUUGUUCUCUCCAGUCUAAGACCAAGCUCUAGUUAUAAUCUCCAGCUUCAUGGCCUGGUUGAUGGGCAAAGUAGCCAGACCUUGACAGUUCUGGCUACCACAGAGGUCGACCCACAGCUGGGCAUGCUCACACUCACAAAUGCUAAAGUCAACACCUUCAACCUCUCCUGGACUGCAAGGGAUGAGCCUCUUGCCAAGUUGGCUGUAAAUGUUAGAGAUUCCUAUCUGCCUCUGGAGCAUCUAAAACUUUCUGAGUCAGAAGAAGCUCCCGAAACGCUCAUCUCAGGCUCAGUAGAUUAUACUGACUAUGACAUUAACAUUCAGGGCACAACCACAGAUGGGGGGCAAUCUGAUCCCCUCGUCUCUCUGGUGAUGACAGAGUCUUUGCCCACACUGGAAAACCUCACUGUCUCAAAUAUUAACCCAUACGGAUUUACAGUCUCCUGGAUGGCAUCAGAGCAUGCCUUUGACAGCUUUCUAGUAGUCGUGGUGGAUUCUGGCAAACUGCUGGACCCCCAGGAGUUCCUCCUUCCAGGAACUCAACGUCAGCUGCCUCUUAGAGGUCUCAUUACUGGCAUUGGCUAUGAGGUUAUGCUUUAUGGCUUUGCCCGCGGUCGCCAAACAAGACCUUUAAGCGUUGUUGCUUUCACAGAAGCAGAACCAGAAGUGGACAACCUGCUGGUGUCCGACGCAACCCCCAAUGGUUUCCGUCUCUCUUGGACAGCAGACGAUGGUGCUUUUGACAGUUUUGUUCUUAAAAUCAGGGAUGCCAACAGGCUCUCGGACCCUCUGGAGCUCAUUGUACCAGGCCAUGAGCGCACACAAGAUAUAACAGGGUUGAAAGAAGGCACUGAAUAUUACAUUGAUCUCUACGGAGUAACCAGUGGACGGCGUUCCCAACCUGUAAAUACAAUAGCUAUGACAGCUCUGGGAUCGCCCAAGGAAAUCACCUUCUCGGAUAUUACCGAAAACUCGGCAGUGGUCAGCUGGACACUCCCGCGGACCCGUGUGGACAGUUACCGGAUCACCUAUGUACCCGUGACGGGAGGUCUUCCCAGUUCCGUGUCUGUAGAUGGAAGUAGAAUCAGGACCAAACUGGUCAAACUGGUUCCUGGUGUGGAGUACAUUGUCAGCAUUGUCUCCCUCAAAGGAUUUGAGGAAAGUGAGCCUGUUUCUGGAUCUUUGACCACAGCUUUGGAUAGUCCAUCGGGACUAAAGGCUGUGAACAUAACUGAAUCUGAAGCACUGGCUGUGUGGCAACCGGCGAUCGCUGCAGUAGAUGAAUACGUGAUUUCUUACAUCACCGAAGGUGUGCCAGAAACAACUCAGAGCGUCUCAGGAAACACGGUGGAAUACGAUCUCAUUGGCCUCCGUCCAGCCUCUGAGUAUACACUCAGGAUCUAUGCCAUUAAAGGACCACAGAAAAGUAGAAUCAUCUCCACCAAAUUCACCACAGCCCUUGAUGCACCAAGGGACUUGACCGCCACAGAUGUGCAGUCCGAAACAGCGCUGCUCAAAUGGAAGCCUCCCCGCGCUCCUGUCACAGGUUACCUCCUCAUCUAUGAAUCCAUUGAUGGCAAGGUCAAGGAAGUGAUCCUGGGACCUGAGUCGACUUCCUACAGCUUGUCAGACCUAAGUCCAUCUACCCAGUACAUUGUGAAGUUGCAGGCACUAAACCUGAACCUGAGAAGCAAGAUCAUCCAGUCGGUUUUCACCACAACUGGACUCCUGUAUCCUUACCCCAGGGAUUGCUCCCAAGCUUUGCUGAAUGGAGAAACAGCCUCUGGCCUUUACACAAUUUACUUAAAUGGUGACCAGUCCCAGCCAGCAGAAGUCUACUGUGACAUGUCUUCUGAUGGAGGUGGAUGGAUUGUGUUUUUAAGAAGGCAGGAUGGAGCAGAAGAUUUCUAUAGGAACUGGAGGACUUACGAGGCUGGAUUUGGUGACCCCAAGGGUGAAUUCUGGAUGGGUCUGGAUAAGCUUCACAAAAUCACUUCCCAGGGCCAGUACGAACUGCGUGUGGAUCUGCGGGAUCACGGAGAAACCGCUUAUGCCCUCUAUGACAAAUUCACUGUGGGAGAUGCCCGCACUCGCUACCGGCUGAAAGUUGACGGAUACAGCGGCACAGCAGGUGAUUCCAUGUCUUACCACAAUGGAAGGUCCUUUUCUACCUUUGACAAGGACAACGAUUCAGCCAUCACGAACUGCGCUUUAUCGUAUAAAGGAGCUUUCUGGUAUAAGAACUGCCACCGAGUCAACCUGAUGGGUAGAUAUGGGGACAACAGCCACAGUCAGGGUGUCAACUGGUUCCACUGGAAAGGCCACGAAUACUCCAUCCAAUUUGCCGAGAUGAAACUGAGACCCUACAGCUUCCGCAACCUGGAAGGGAGACGGAAAAGAGCAUAGAACAUCCUCCGUAGUCUUGGCAGAGAGACAAAAAGAUAAAGCGAAUUGGGAAGAAAGGGGUUGGUUGCUUCCCAGGGAAUUGAGGAAGGGGGAUUAGCAAUGAGGAUGGGUACCUUACCAAAGUAUUGGCAUUGCUUGACCUAACCUUGGCUCCUUUGACCAUGUUCUUUUUAAAAAGUGGGGAUGGUGGGUGGGAAAGCCUUCAAACCAUAGCAUGCUCCAUGGAGCAUCUUUCUUCUGUACGUAACUGGCUUUCUUUGUACCAAAGAGGACAACAGCCGGAGAGGGUAGGGGCACUUUUCUAUACUGUCUUCCCCCCAUCCCUCAGUUGGCUUUUGUUGGCAUAAAUCUUUGGGCAAGGUCUCUUAAGAGCAGCAAUGGAAAAGAAAAAUGAGAUGAUCUAGCAGUUCACAAACCAGCCAUAUUUCCUCCCCCCGCCCCCCCACUAAAACACAUACACAUCACUAUCAUGAGCAUUGUUAGCCAUCCUUAAGCUUUAGCGGGUCACCUGGAUUUUCUUCUUUCUUUCGACCAUAUACAUACAUAGAUGGUGCUACCCAGAAAAGGCGGCACGAACGCAAGCAAUCCGGUCCAAACCUCUCCGCCUAAAGUUAAUAUUAUUAAUAUAAUGAAAAGAUUACGAAGAAGAAUAACGGUAAUAAGCUAAAUUUUGUCAUUUUUGUAAGAAAAAAGAAAAAGAGGGAGAAAAAUUCACGCUUUCCGAAAGACAACAGGACAGUGUCUGAUUGUAAAUGUUUCUUUUUUUAAAAGGGAAAAAAUAAAGUUGAAUAAAAGCACAAUUUUACUUUUA